ACGGAAACCAAGAGAUAACCCUAUUAACUGAAUAUAAAAAUAAAUAAAAAUAAAAAAAAUGAAAGUGCUAUUUUGAGGAGGCAGGAAUAUUUAAAUAAAGCUCGUGGGGUUUUGUACUUCAACAGCACCACCAUUUAAGAAAUUUUCUUUUCUUUGACUCAUUGAAAAUUCCAACAUGGAUGCUUGUCUCCUCGGUCUCUUCCAUCUGACAUCUGGUCAGUGCUUUGAAAAUGUCUCAAGUGGAGUCGCACUGUGUGUAGGCCAGUUUUAAUAUUGUCUAGAGCGGGAGUGCGCAGCGUGCGUACAUACACCACCCACACACUUAUUUAUCAAACAAUGACCACCGCUGUCUAAUCGCAUUCAACAAGUGCGAGAUGGAUUCAUAUCCCAGACCCGCUCUUGAACGCAGGCGGCUCCAGCGCUGAAGCUUUUGUCAUUAUAAGCCAAGUAUUUCCAUUAGAAAGACGGACAAAGCACGCUAAUUAUGUUUGCGUUGCCGGGCAACUCCGUGGCUUCCCCUUCACUAUAUAACAGCGCUGAUGGGUUUGUUUUGUCCGCACUCGUUGAGUGGAGAGGUUUCCAAGCCUGCUCCAAAUAAGUUUUUGAACCAUUUAAGAAUCAUGCUCAAAGCUUCCGGGAAGUCUGACGAGCAAACGGGCACCAAGAUCCUCCUGGAGGCGAUGUCCAAGGAUAAAGUCCACCUGGCAAGGUUUGUUCUGGACGCGCUGGAUGGGGAAAUCGUGGACUCCAUAACAGAGGGCGCACAGACGCCCCUCAUCUCGUCUGUCUUGCUGCCUGACGGCCAGACUCGGUGCAAGUUUGUAGAGCUUCUGCUGCAGAGAGGGGCCAGUGUCAACUGUCAAGACGGCAACGGGCGCACCGCCAUCAGUUACGCCUGUGAGAAAGGCUACCUGGAUGCUGUGAAGAUCCUGGUCCGAAGCAACGCAGACCCGGAGAUUGUGGACUGCUGGGGCAACACUGCCCUGAUGUACGCCGCAGUAGCAGGUCACUCCCCCGUUGUCGAGUUUUUAGUGAGAGCUUUCAAGAGGCUGGGUCUUCAGAUAGACAGGCAGAAUAAAGUUGGCAACUCUGCUGUCGGAGUGGCAAAGUUUCUCGGCCACACAGAGUGCAUCUUUGCGCUCACUAACAGCUCCAAGAAGGGCCGUGAGUCUGAAGGUGGCGCACUCACUCAGCCGCGACUUAGUCUGAGAUGUGGCGAAGUGAAUGACAAGUUUGAGAGGAAAGUUGGACAUUUAAUGAACAAAUUCGGGGUCCUCCAAACCUGCAAUCGUGCAGAUUGCCUAUUGGUUCAAAAUUGUACAUGGCAGCCAAGACCUCCGAUUAGGCAGAGUAAAUUACCAUCGAUGGACUCAAUAGAGGAGUUUGAAAGAGAGAAUGACAGCUCCUCCUCGCCUCCUCAGGAGCUAAACUUCUCUGGAAUCCUGACCCAUAAAACCCAUUCCGACCAUUCUCCCAACUGCAAGCAUCGUAAAACCGGGGAAAGGCCGACCGCCAUUGAGGAUCAUCUCCCCCCGCUUAUACAGAUCUGUGAGCCUCAAAAAUCAAUUUUCUUCUCACCUCGGCCCAGCAGAAACACGCCCAAACCAAGCGCGACCUCCACCCUGGGAAUAUUACUGACUCCCAUCCUAGCCAACAAAAGUGAGAGUGAAUUGGGAACAGAAAAAUCGAAAAUGUUAGACUUCGGUGUUCGCAGAUUUCACGACAGCUAUUACCAGAAAAGAUGUAGUCUGCCUACCAGUAUCCUCAGCCCCACACCUCCGGAGCGCACACUGGUGCCUUUGCUUAAAUCCAGAACCGUGAGAAGGCGCGAAGCGUCUCCCUGCAAAGCUGAACCACAGCAGUUUACCGCGCCGGCCGCCGCCGCCUCAACCACGACUUUCUCAGUGUUUAGUAACAAGCUCUUACGCCGAUUUACCUCCCCGGAAUUUAAAAAGGACGUGAAGGACCUGGAUCCAGUGUUGACUUCAGGGCGGAUUCCGCGAUCAGAAACUUUCCCCCAAAGCAUAAAGCAUCCCCAGGUCGGCAGUAAACCCAGCAUCGACAGCAUCAGCUCCGUAAAGUGCGAGUUUGACUUUCAUUUCAGAGUGCCAAACUCUUAGAAGCCACAGUGCGUAAAAAGUGUUUGUACUUAUCCGGCACUAAUCUCAAGGCAGCAACGUGGUUACUCUGUUAGACCUGGUUCCAUCAAAUAUAUAAUCUGUUACAUUCAAUCACGCAACUUUUCUAAAUUCAAUCCCUGACCUCCUGAUCCUCACUGACCUUCAAAACUCAAAUGCCUUGUCCAGACAGCGUCGAUGUCUAAUGUUGUCCUCACUUUUUAACAACAUGGUGACCUGCAAAAGUUUCUGCCAUUUCUACCCGAUCGGACAAAGGGAGUAAAAACGAAGUCAACGGCUUUUAACUACAACUUAACUGGAAACAGCAGGUAGAAAAAAAAUGAUCAGCAUAAACCAUGUGUGUGAAUCCCAGCAGCUGCUAGCUGGAUACUGCAGCUAGAGUGAAACGCAAUGUCUUACUUCUAGCUUCAGCAAAUGUGUUUAGCAGCAUUUGCCACUCCUUUUGGAGUAGGUGGGGGUUGCAUCGAAGGUGGAGGGGCGAUGUGCAAUAAAUCAUAAAUCAUACAGCAUUUACUUGUGUUGUCUUUCAUACGUCUCUGUAUCUUUCAGCACAGCAGUUCAGAUUUAUGUCAGGGGAUCUGCCAUCUCCAGGUACUGAUGUUAAUGGUUGGUGCAGUGAAUAAAAUCUCAGUAUCCGAAAUGAACAUGCUGUGUUGGGGUGACUGUGUGAGAGAACGGGAGGCAUUCAGAGACCAUUACCGUUUACGGUGUUUACAGUUCGUUUUUAAAAGGCUUUGCACGUCGUUUUUGUUCUGAUAACUGAUUUCGGUUUAUAUGUGAGCUCAUGGACUCACACAGAGAGAAAUUAUUGUUUAUGUUCGGGUAAUUAGUCUCAAGAUUACGUUUCAUAAAGCAAGAGGGAAAUUACGCCCUAAUAGUUCCAGUGCAGGGUCACUUAUGUCAUAACUUCUGAAACGUUUCUCAAUAUCUCGACACAAUAAAUAUCUUUCUUCCAAAUAACAGUUUGGUCGUGUCAGUAAAUGCAAUGAAAUCUCGCCUCAUCGAAUGGUAAAAUUAAAAGAGGAUUUUAAGUCUAAGUGGAUUU